AUGGAGACCUCCCGCUCCCCUUCCCCACAGUUUGCGCCCCAGAAGCUGACCGACAAGCCCCCCCUGCUCAUCCAGGAUGAGAGCUCGACAAGAAUCGAGCGGGUAAUGGACAACAACACGACGGUGAAGAUGGUGCCCAUCAAGAUCGUGCACUCGGAGAGCCAGCCCGAGAAGGAGAGCCGCCAGGGCCUGGCCCAGCCCACCGAGCCGCCCGCCCUGCCCAGCGGGCUGGAGCGUGACCAGAUCAAGACGCUGAGCACGUCGGAACAGUCCUACUCCCGCUUCUACCUGUACACACGGCAGGGCUCCGAGCCUGGGGAGCCGCCCCGAGCCCGGCCGGCCGAGCCCGAGCCCCCCAGCGCCCAGGUGCACCCCGCCAAGGAUAGCUGCGCCUCCCCCGCGGGGCUCAGCUACGUGAAGGCCAAAGAGAAGAGCGUGGAGGACCUCAAGUCCGAGGAGCUGGCCCGCGAGAUUGUGGGGAAGGACCGGUCCCUGGCCGACGUCCUGGACCCCAGUGUGAAGAUCAAGACCACCAUGGACCUGAUGGGGGGCAUCUUCCCCAAGGAUGAGCAUCUCCUGGAGGAGGCCCAGCAGCGGAGGAAGCUGCUGCCCAAAGGCCCCUCCCCGAGGACCAUGGAGGACAAGAAAGAGGAGCUAAGCGUGGCGACGGCCAUGUCCCUGGCCACCAACUCUACAUACUACAGCACGUCGGCCCCCAAGGCGGAGCUGCUGAUCAAGAUGAAGGAUCUGCAGGAGCAGCAGGACGCUGAGGAGGACUCAGGGAGCGACCUGGACCAUGACCUGUCGGUGAAGAAGGAACUCAUCGACAGCAUCAGUCGCAAGUUGCAGGUGCUGCGGGAAGCCCGGGAGACGCUGCUGGAGGACAUCCAGGCCAACAACGAGCUCGGGGAUGAGAUGGAGGCCAUCGCCAAAGAUGUCUGCAAGCCCAAUGAGUUUGACAAGUUCCGUAUGUUCAUUGGGGACCUGGACAAGGUGGUGAACCUUCUGCUGUCCCUGUCAGGCCGCCUGGCCCGUGUGGAGAACGCCCUCAAUAACCUGGACGACAGUGCUUCUCCUGGGGACCGGCAGUCACUGCUGGAGAAGCGGAGGGUCCUCACCCAGCAGCACGAGGACGCCAAGGAGCUCAAGGAGAACCUGGACCGGCGGGAGCGCGUCGUGUUCGACAUCCUGGCAAGCUACCUCAGUGAGGAAAAUUUGGCGGACCACAAGCACUUUGUGAAGAUGAAGUCGGCCCUCAUCAUCGAGCAGCGGGAGCUGGAGGACAAGAUCCACCUCGGCGAGGAGCAGCUCAAGUGUCUGCUCGACAGCCUCCAGCCCGAGCGCAGCAAAUAG